AUGCCGUCGUCAGAGAUGUCAUAUAGUCCUGCCUACUACCAAACAAAGGACCUUGCCGGCACAGCUCCCUCCGUGCUCCCUCAUGCCUCCCGUCCACCUAUCGCACGCCCCGAACCUUCACAUUCCAGCCCGCUACGAGCCUCCGAAGGAACAACUCACGACGUGAGUCCCCGCACCUCCGGCCCUCGGGGACCACACGCAUAUUCUCCAGAAGCAUCUCGGCGUGCCUCCCGUGUGGGAGACGAUGGUGCUCCGCCUGUUCUAGUAACCAACAGCCUGGCACACAAGGAAGAGCGCUCCCGAGGAAGCUGGGCAGAUCAACCAUCAUUGAUGUCGGGCGAGCACUCUCGCACCAACAAGCGAGCCAGCUCUGAUGUCCCAACUAGCGAUGGAGGCCAAGAUGCACUCUUAAUGCUCUUCCGCCUUUCUGUCCCUGUCCCUUUCUUCUCUUUCGCCGCUUGUGUAUACACCUUCUGUGCAAUCAUAUUUGCCAUUCUGAUCUCUCCUCUCCGCCUCUGUUCGAUAUCUCCAUACCUCCGCAAAACAUCCUUCCGAACACAGCUUUGCGAUCUCCUCUCGCCAGCUCUCCACAUUCACGAACGGCUCGUUUGCAUGCUCCCACCUGCAGCUACCCGCUCCUCAUCUACACAAUGGAUCCAUGCCGAUCCGUAUUCAGAAGAACCAACAGCAAUCGUUGAUUCUAGCAUCUUAUACUCCGUCGGCAUGUCAAUACUCGUCUUAGUCAUCGCCCCUUUCUUGAGCAUUGCCAUCGUCCUCUUUGCAUGGACAGCAGCCGCAUUCUGGGUCUUCGCUAUGGUCAUGGGUAAUCCAGAUGGCACGGAAAGGAACGAUGAUGGUCGUGCCGCUGUCCUGGGCGUAUGUAGAUGGUGGCGUACAUGGUUGGCCAAAUCAUGGCAUUCGUCAUAA